ACUAAUUUUCAAUUUCCUUCUUUUCAGAGGUAAAAUUCAAAUACCCCAACGUUUUCUCAAACCCUGGUUACUGUUCGAUGGCAUCUAUCAAAUGUCGAAAUUGGCCUCAGAUGAGUUGAAACAAAAACGACGUCUUGAUGAAUUUACGCGAAAAAUGAUACAAAUACGACGUGAAAUGAAACAGAAAGAUGAAAUUACGAUGAAAAAAUGUCUACUCGAUUACAUGAUAGAAAUAUCCGAUAGCAAUCCAAACGACUUCAAUGAAGAUGAUAUUGUCGAUGAGGCGUGUACAUUUAUGUUGGCCGGACAGGAUUCUGUGGGUGCUGCGGUGGCUUUCACCAUAUUUCUCCUCGCACAAAAUCCCGAUUGUCAAGAAAGAUGUAUGGAUGAAAUUGAGAGAAUAUUUGGAAGUGAUGAUCGUGCUCCCAAUAUGCAGGAUUUACGCGAAAUGCGUUAUUUGGAAAUGUGUAUUAAGGAAUCGUUACGCCUCUAUCCCAGUGUACCACUGAUAGCACGUAAAUUGGGCGAAGAAGUGCGAUUGUCGAAAUUUACUCUACCAGCUGGUAGCAACAUUUUCAUUUGCCCCUUUGCAACACAUCGUUUACCGGACAUCUAUCCCGAUCCGGAGAAAUUCGAUCCCGAACGUUUUAGUCCAGAAAAUUCGGAAAAACGUAAUCCGUAUGCAUUUUUGGCUUUCAGUGCCGGUCCACGCUAUUGUAUUGGUAAUCGAUUUGCCAUUAUGGAAAUUAAGACGGUUAUCUCAAGGUUGCUACGCAGUUAUCAUAUCCUACCGGUGGCUGGUAAAACAAAUAUUAAUCCAGUGUUUCGUAUAACAUUGAGGGCGUCCGGUGGUCUUUGGGUCCAUCUGAAAUCACGUGAAAAUAAUAAACUUGUUGAGCUAAGUAGUUAA